CUGAUUUCAAUUAUCUGUGAGGUUGGCAUAAUUUGUUGGAGAGGUCGUUGUUUCUCGCGGUAAAUUUUCGUUAAUCCAGAGCCAAAACUGCCAUCAGCUGCCACUGUGGUUUGGAAGGAAGGUUGUCUCUAACUAAUGAAUCGUUCUUUUUCGUCUGGUGUGACGCUUUCUUCGAAAGUCGAUAGAUUAUUGCACUCAACUGAAAUGACGGAAAUGGCUUCGGACCCGAAACACUGCCGCUUAAACGAUGACUUCGGACUCCUUGUUCAAGGAAUUCUCGCCGCUGUGGCAUUCAGCACUCUUAUUUUGAAAAGAUUGAGAGAACCUCUAUCUGAAAGAAGACCUGUUCUUAUUUGGUUUUUUGAUACCUCAAAGCAAGCAGUUGGUGCCAUGCUUGUACACUUUGCCAACAUCUUCUUAGCUAAUCUUUUCAAAGGUGAUCCAUGCACUUGGUACCUGAUUAAUUUCUUGUUGGAUUCUACUCUUGGCCUUGUGGUAAUUUACCUCUGUCUUCAGUUCAUGCAAGUUAUUGUAAGAAUGUAUGACUGGGAUAACUUGAGAUUUGGCGAGUAUGGUAAUCCUCCACAGUGCAAAGCUUGGGCAGGGCAGUGUUUUCUGUACCUGUGGGCUGUCAUCAUUGAAAAGGCUACCAUAACCCUACUGGUGCAACUUAAUUUUUGGGAGGAAGUUCGUAGGUUCAUUCUUUUACCAGUCAAGAACCAUCCAAGAGUGGAGCUUGCAAUAUCAAUGCUGAUUAUUCCUUUUGUUUUCAAUGCUAUAAUGUUCUGGGUUGUUGACAAUUUCCUCAUGCGAAAGAAGAAAAAAUUAUUACAGAAAGAAGACACAAGGAACAAAGUUAAAUAUGAAAGACGAGCAGUGAUGAACGGAUCUGAUGAAGAGGCUGUGCUCUUGGAAAACAUGACAGAAGGAGAGAGUCUGACAAUUCCAGAUGACAACAUUUAUCAUAGAGGGGACACUGUGAGAAGAUGAUAGCUUGCAAAAUCUUGGAAGAUUAUAGAUACAUAAACAGGUAGCCGGUCGCCCCUCUGAGCAGGCUUUUCUAGAUGAGCAAAUACAGUGUGGAGAUUUGUUGAUCAAUAAGCAAUGAAGGUGCUAGUGUGAAAAUGGCAUAGAAAGUUCCUUAUUCAUGCCCCCUAAUUUACUUUUGGGUGGUGGGGUUAUGACAAUUGUCAUUAGCUCAGGAAUUAUUGUGUCAUUUUCGUUCUGUUAGGUAUACAAACAAUCGGCCACCUUUCCCUGAGACAGAAAAAUGAUUGAGAUGUAUUUUCCCAUUUUCCAGGUAGCUUGCCAAUUAUUUCCCAUUAUUUUCUACAUGUAGCAAUUUGCAAUUUCCUUCCUCUUUACUUAGAGUUAUAGCAGUUGUACUGUUUUCCUGGUUUUUUUUUUCUUUUCAAUUACAUAAAUUUUAAAUUUUGUUGCAUUUUUAUACAUAAAGGAAGGGAGAAAGUGCUGACCUUGUGAAGGUGAGGGAUCAGGCCCUCCCUUCAUCUGCACAAAAGGGUUAACCCUUGACACCUUAUCUAACAUUAUACAUAUUUGUCCUACUGUUCUCUGUAAAUUUCCAGUGGUACAGGUGGGAAAAAGUUGUUUAACAAUCAAGAGCCCCUUUACCUGUAUGGAUUGAUCUUCAGAGCAUAGCCAACCCUCUUUUUAUCUUCAGAAAUUGCAGCUCUAUUUACAAAGAAGAAAUGUAAUUUUAUUUGGUGUAGCAUCAGAAUUUCCUGACCAGUUUUGAAGGGCUGAAUUAGAAAUUCUUAAACUGUAUUGUAAAUAAUAAAAAUUUAAUGUGAAUUCAAAAUAGUUUCGAUAAGGAUAUAUGGUGAAAUUCAAUUAAUUCUUGAUUUUGGGAGAGAUAGCAAACAGUUACGUUCAGAUACUAAAAAACAAUUGUCAUGAUAAAAUUGGACAUUUAUUUUUUUUAGUUAAUAAUUCAUAAACUGUUUAACUCUU